AUACUAGUUGGAAAAAAAAUUGAGGAGGAAGAAGCUAAAAAAUGAAAUUGGUUCACCGUCAUCUUCCACACCGGUUUGGCUUCUCAGAAAUUGGACCCCUCAUCUUCCUCACCGUCAUCUUCCUGAGGAAAUUGGUUCACCGUCAUCUUCCCCGCCGGGAAUUGGACUCGACCCGACACAGGCUUUGUGAUUAACGACGCCUAAUUUUCCUGCAAUUUCACUCUUUAACCCAUUUCCACCUCGAAGGGUUUCAGAUCUGCUUGUCGAUUUUGCAUUUAAGCAAUCGAUGUUCUUCUCCUCUCUUGUCGUCUUCAUAUUCAAGUCCAACUAAAUGGGUGACACCAAAAAGGUCUAUACUCUGUCCGAAGUCUCCCAGCACAACCAUUCCAAGGACUGUUGGCUCAUCAUCGAAGGCAAGGUUAGUCUCCAUAUGAACAGAGAUUGAAUUUGCUCUGUUAUUGUUUAGAUCUGUUAAAGAUGGGUGCGUCAGAGGAUAAGUAGGCAUCCACGUAGGAUUGGUAACCGGAUAAGUACCUGGAAACCGGCUAAAAAACCAUAGGUGAAAAAACUGGUAAGUUGGUAUACUUUUCUGAAAGAAAACAAAGUUUGUAUACCGAAGUGAAAUAAACGCCAAAGUUGGCAGUAGAUCCUAAAAGAUCCUCCACACAUUAACAUUAACCAAUUCAAGUUGCAUUUUUCUACUUGACCCUCUGUGGUUCACCACCCCCCGAACACAACCCAGGAAUUAAAAAAAAAAUCUUGUAAAACUUCUCCUGAGAAAAUUAAGGUUUGUAUUAAUGGAGAGUGAUUCGGGAUCGGAGUACAAGGAAACCUUGCUGCAGAAAGAAGAUACAAUAUACUAUGAGAACUGCCCAGGGUGUAAGGUGGAGCAGCAAAAGGAAUUGCAGAGGGGAGUUCCAAUAAAACUGCUCCUCAGCGUUUGGACUAUUGUUCUCUGUACAUCACUCCCUAUAUCGUCUCUCUUUCCUUUCCUUUAUUUCAUGAUAAGAGAUUUCAAAAUUGCUGGGACUGAAGAAGAUAUUGGUUACUAUGCAGGUUAUGUAGGAUCGGCAUUCAUGUUGGGAAGGGCAGCUACAUCUGUGUUUUGGGGGAUAAUUGCUGACCGUUAUGGCCGAAAACCAGUUAUUAUAUUUGGCACUGCAUCAGUGGUUAUAUUCAAUACUCUCUUCGGUUUUAGCAUAAACUUCUGGAUGGCAAUCAUAACCAGAUUUCUUCUUGGAAGUUUAAAUGGUUUGCUUGGACCAAUAAAAGCAUAUUCUGUAGAAGCUUUUCCAGAACAGUACCAAUCGUUGGGACUCUCAACGGUAAGCACAGCUUGGGGUAUAGGGUUAAUCAUUGGUCCAGCUCUGGGAGGUUUUCUUGCACAGCCUGCAGAGAAGUAUCCUUUACUAUUCUCAGAACACUCUCUAUUUGGAAGAUUUCCCUACCUUUUGCCUUGCUUGUCCAUUUCUCUUUUUGCAUUGAUUGUGACCAUAUUCACAUUUUGGUUGCCGGAAACAAUGCACAAGCAUGGUUCACCGAGUCUUUCAUCUUGCGAUUCAUACAAGGCUUUAGAGGCUGCAUCUCAAGUAGACAAGGAUAAGGAAAAACCGGCUUCCAAGAAGAGCAUACUCAGAAACUGGCCAUUAAUGUCAUCCAUCUUAGUAUAUUGUGUUUUCUCUCUUCAUGAUAUGGCUUAUACCGAGAUAUUCUCGUUAUGGGCUGAGAGUCCACGAAGACUUGGAGGAUUGAGUUAUUCUUCAGAUGAUGUUGGAGUGGUUCUUGCCUUCUCUGGGUUCGGUCUUCUAGUCUUUCAACUCUUCGUGUAUCCCUUGGUUGAGAGAUAUUUUGGCCCGACAAUGACAACAAGAAUUGCAGGAAUUUUGUCAAUACCCCUGCUAACAAGCUUCCCGUACAUUGCAUUGUUGUCGGGCAUCACCCUCUCCCUGGUGUUAAACUGCGCCUCUAUCAUGAAGAACGUUCUGUCUGUUUCAAUCGUAACAGGAUGUUUCAUACUGCAGAACAAUGCAGUGGACCAAGAUCAAAGAGGAACCGCAAAUGGCAUUGCAAUGACUGCAAUGUCAAUUUUCAAAGCUUUAGGUCCUGCAGGAGGAGGUACACUAUUUUCUUGGUCCGAAAAGCGCCAAGAAGCUGCCUUCCUUCCAGGUAUACAAAUAGUCGUGGUCCAUUUGCGAUUUCAGAAUAGUAAAUGAAAUUUUGUUGCUCACCUAUAUUGAUCAUCUAUCCUUCUCAACGUUCUUCUGGCACCAUGCAUGCAAAUCAUUCAUUAAUUUCCAUGGAGUAGUUUGCCCCAACCAUGGAAAUUAAAAUGCAGAUUUUUUUAAUAUUUCAAUGAUCUCCCAGAUUCUCCGUUGCUAUUAAUAAAUAGGUAAAGGGUGU